AUGCCUCCCUACUUCAUCCUCAAGCCCAUCGCCUUCAUGCUGCGUCUUCUGCGCAAGCUCCUCCCCGCCAUCCGCAGCUUCCCAGACGAAGUCAAAUCCAUCCCGUCUCGCGAUGCCGGCCGAUCCAUCAAGAUCCACAUCUAUCGACCUCCUCCUCCGUCCCUUCCUCCAUCCCUUCCUCCCUGUGAUCUCGAAGCCAGCAACCCCCUCGACAGCCAGGAUCAGGAUCAGGAUCACAAAGCACCCCCCUCCCACCUAAGCCCCGUCCACCUCAACCUCUGCGGCUCCGGCUUCGUCAUGCCGGGCCACGGCCUCGACGACGCCUUCUGCCGGCGCCUCACCACCUCCGUUCCCUCGGGGUUGACCAUAAUCGACAUCGAGUACCGCCUCUCACCCGAAAACCCCUUCCCCGCUGCUCUGCACGACGCAGAAGACGUCCUCCGCUGGGUCCAGUCCCAGCCUGAGACUUAUGACGCCGCACGCAUCAGCAUCGGCGGGUUCAGUGCCGGCGGGGCGCUGGCUGUCUCCUUGGCGGGGCAUAUGCCCAAAGAUACGUUUUCUGCGCUGGUGGCAUUCUAUCCGGCGUGUGAUGCGAGUGUGUCCCCGUUUAGGAAGAAAGCGCCGGAGGAAGAGGGCAGGCCUCUGCCGGGGUGGUUGUUGUGGGUGUUUCAGGGGUGUUAUUUAUCGGGGUUUGCAGGGAAGGAUAAAGUUGAGGGUGUAGGGGAGGGGGAGGGUGAGGAUGGGGUGGUGCAUGAUACGAGGGUGUCGCCGGCGCUGAUGAGGGAUUUGAGUCGGUUUCCCAACCGGUGUCUGUUUGUGACGGCGGGGCAGUGUAGUUUGGCGGGGGAGGCGGAGGGGUUGGGAGAGAGGGUGAAGGCGUGGAAGGAGGGAGAGGGAGAGAGCAGAGUGGUGGUGCAGAGAAUGCAGGGCUGUGGACAUGCGUGGGAUAAGUUUGCCAAAGACGGGACGGUGCAGUGGGAGAUGAAGGAGAGGGCGUAUGCGAUGGCGGUGGAGAUGUUGACUUAA